AUGCCGCCCAUUCGGCGACUCCGGUCGAGAAAGCCCCCGAGACCAUGUGUCGAGGAUGAACUCGAGUCUCUAUCCCGUGAGCUAGGUGGGCUGUCGCUUUUGGGUGAGAAACCUGGGUGGGAAGGCGCAUGUGAACGAGGAGCCGUCGACCAGCUUCCGAUUCUUCUGGACAUUGAAAAGCCCUUUGUCGAUACAACACCUUCUUCCUCUCAACCGCCAUCUCUCGUCAGUGAAUCAUCCCAAGAAAGCUUUGGUCCUCCGACACCGCCCGAGCCAGAAGUCCUCCCGGUUACUUCUCCAUACAAGGGAAGCCAGCUUCCGCCGGUUCAACCAUACAGCGCGGGCUUUCCUUUUGGGCAUUCAUCCCUGGUGAAUGUGCCGAGACCAAAGCAACAAAACUAUGCCGACAAUGAGAGAGCGAACUCAUCACAUUAUGGUUCUCGCCAAGGUCAGACAUGUGCCACUUCGUCAUCAGCACGCUCUGCUCCUCACAAUUCGAGAUACGAAGACCCCAUCAAUCAGACUAAAAAGGUCUUUCCUCAGUCAAUAAUGUCCCCGAGAAAGCAAACAGUUGCAGAACUAUUGGAAGAAAAACUUCGACUUCGAAGAGAGCAGCAAUCAUCGCCUCCACAUAGUGACACACGAUAUGACGAAAGGCUCUCGCCGAGAAUUACCCCGGAAAGACCAAUUAGGCCGAAGAUGCAUAUUGAUCUAACAUCAUUGCCUUUGGUUAAUCCCAGGCCUUCGUCAAACAGCCCCAAUUUAGAAAGCCCGGCCGUACAAUAUAUUUCGGAGCCCAGCCCACCUAGCAGUCCAUAUCGCUCAAUAGUAUCCCGACCAACUCCAGGCUAUGAGAAACGAAAACCUUCGCCUACCGUGGCCGCUUUGCCCCCCAAACAGGGCUAUAAACAGGACUAUUUCUCCCAGGCAAAAUCGCCGGUCAAAAAAUUGAGACAUUCAUCCCAAAGUCCACCAAGAUCCGGGGACUCUGCAACCGGUGGUUUCAACAAACGUGCAGUCACUUUCGUGGAGCCUCGAUCCCCCCGCAACAAGCCAGUCCAGCCGGUAGAAUUUCACCGACAAGAUUCUCCUUCAUCCCGGCCACUACGCCCAGAAUCUCCUCCAAAGCGAACCUCUGCUCAACCCGUUGACGUAUCCAGCCUCGUGCUACGCCCAUGCCCAAGGGCUACACCAGCUGCAGGUUAUCAGGAUUGGUACACCAUGUCUGGGCUGACACAUCUUAACAUUUGCCCUUCUUGCAUGAACCAGAUUGGCAGCUCGAGAUUCCGCGAUUAUUUUGUUCCCAGUCUACCAAACUUGCGGGCAAAAAUUCAUUGCUCGUUCAGUGAGCCGUGGACUAGACUAGCAUGGAUUCAGACUCUCAAAAAGGGCUAUAACAACCUCGAUAUGUUAUAUGAGAUCACUCGUCCGUCAAGAAUCGAAUGCCCUGGCCGCAAGCUUUCCGCUCAAAACUGGUAUCGUGUAAUCGACCAUCAAACUGGAAUGAAUGUUCCGAGAUUUGCAGCGUGUGCGGCCUGUGUUCGCAAUCUUCAGCUCUUGAUGCCACCACUUCGACAGAGCUUUAGCUGCCAGCCUACAGUCCAAGAAAAAUUAUGUGACUUUGCAAUCGAUAGUCCUCGCUUUGUGCAGUACCUCGAUCUUUUGGACUCGGCGGCUAAUCACUGUGAGUACAAUCGCCUUUGGUCACCAGAAAUUGACAGGUUUAUCGACUAUGUGGAGCGUAAAUGCAGCCUGCGAGACUGUCGACGUGACCGGCUCGUCCUUGGCACAUGGCAUUAUAUUCCCAAUCUACCCGAGUUUACAGUGUGUGAAGACUGUUAUGAUGAUGUUGUACGGCCGCUGGGGGUAGUACACAAGCCGAUUGCGAAGAUGAUGGCAAAUCCACCUCGCCUGCUCCCAGGUUCGGGUCCAAACCGUUGUCGUGAGGCUAGUUGCCAAUUGUAUUCCCCUCGCAUGCGCGCACAAUUCAGGGAUGCCGUACUGGAUGACGACUACCGGGGCUUAGAAUCUGUGGCACUAAGACGGUUUGAUGCUGAACAAAGAUUUCGCGAAAAAGAGGAGCGCCUUCUUCUCAUCGAGGAGACUAAUAGGGGGUCCAGUUGGCAGGAAGAGUGGCACCGAAACCGUGAAGAGUGGAAGAAACACGAGUGA